AUGUGGAAGCUCCUCACCAUAGGGGUGCUGCUGGCUGCCUGCUCUACACGAGACUGUAGUACCUCAAUAUUUUACAGCAAUAAAGAUGCAAACCAAGUCCUGAAAAUCCAGAAGCGGGCAAACUCUUUUCUGGAGGAGCUCAAACCGGGCUCUGUGGAGCGUGAAUGCAAUGAAGAGCAGUGUGACUUUGAGGAGGCCAGUGAGAUAUUUGAAACCAAGGAAGCAACACGAAAUUUUUGGACCAAGUAUGUAGAUGGAGAUCAGUGUAAUCCACAGCCUUGUUCCAAUGGCAUCUGCAAGGACAAUAUUGGAGAAUUUUCCUGCAUCUGUAAUAAAGGCUGGGAGGGCGUUUUGUGCAAUUAUGAGGUCAAAUACACCAACUGUUCUGUUGAUAAUGGAGGAUGUGAACAUUUCUGUAGGGAUGACCCUGCCAACCAGUGCCGCUCUUGCAACUGCGCAUCUGGGUAUCAGUUGGUGAAUGGCCAUACCAUGUGCAAGCCUGUGGUGGAGUUCCCCUGUGGAAGAGUGAAAAUGGACUACACUGAAGCCAAAGCAGGAUUCAAUAUUCGGCUCAUUGAGGGAAAAGUAGGACGACGGGGAGGCAGCCCUUGGCAGAUUAUGCUGCAAAAUAGCAAAGGGAAAUUUCUGUGUGGGGGUGUCCUCAUCCAUCCAUCUUGGGUCCUGACAGCAGCACACUGCACUGAAGCAGAAGAGGGGCUCAAAGUAAGACUUGGUAAAUUCCACCGUCUCCGUACUGAGGCAGAUGAGCAAACCAUUUGGGUUGAUAAAUGUGUGAGCCACGAAAAUUACACCAAGGAGACCUCCGAUAAUGACAUAGCCAUGCUGCACUUGGCUGAGCCCGUGAUGUAUAACAAAUACAUGCUCCCUAUCUGUCUUCCCACCCGUGACCUGGCAGAACAGGAGCUGACAAGAAGUGGGAAGCAGAUGGUGGUAACUGGCUGGGGCAGCACAAGUGAUGUUAAGAACAAUUACUCUACUUUACUCAGUUAUAUUCAGAUCCCCAUCGUUCCCCGGAACGAGUGUGCCCAGGCGAUGAGAUUUGCGAUCUCUGACAACAUGCUGUGUGCUGGGAGCUUAGGAGACAAAAAAGAUUCCUGCAGUGGGGACAGCGGAGGCCCUAUGAUCACUAAGUAUAAGGAUACUUGGUUUUUGGUAGGACUGGUGAGCUGGGGUGAAGGCUGUGGAAGAAGGGAGAAAUUUGGAGUCUAUACCAAAGUUAGUCAGUAUCUUGAGUGGAUCCAGCAUCACAUAGAUACGAUGUCAGCUUCUUGGAAGGGUUGA